AAGAAAAACAAAAGAACAACAUUGAAUUUCUAGUUUUGCAUUCUUCAGCGCAUUUUCAAGAUCACUGGCUGCAAAAAAGUGAAAAAGUUAAAAUAAAACCAAAAAAAAAAAAAAAAACAAAUUACUUAUAGUGGUGACCUGUUUAAAAAUUAACUUUUUUGUAAUUUAAAAUUUAAUGCUCAACUAUUUAUUGGAAUGACUCAACCACCCAACAUGUCGGAUAUAUACUAUUGCAGCAAGAACAAAAAAUCCAGCAGUGAUGGCAAAACAUCCGGUUCCGACAAAUCACCAAAAACUAUAAACAACAAUAACAACAACCACAGUACCAGCAAUGGCAAUAUUUGCGGAAAACAUUCGUCCUCGCCAAGUAGCAAGAGCAAUUGGAAGGGUUUACCGUCCAACUCAAACUCCCCUCGAGACUCCACAUCGAAUGGCGGCAAUAGUUCGCAGGCCUCGACCACAGUACCCAAAGUCUUUCACAACACACGAUGCACCCGGCAUCACAAGGCCCACAGUCAUUCGCCGAAUCGAAACAGCAGCAAUAGUAUGGUUGCAGCUGAUAUAGCCCAUCAUCAUAUGAAUGGUCACAACAAUCACAAUCAUGGCCACAUACAUCACCUGCCAAGUGCGGGGCAUAGAAAGAAAACAGAGUCGGUGUUAUCAACAGAUUCAGAUAUACGCUUUACCCGCAGAAAAUUGGGAGAUAGUCAAAAAUGUGGCUGUGCUGUGAUAGCAGGAUUCCUAGUCGCCCUUCUGGUGGCUGGUGUUUUUGUUUAUGUUGGAUAUACCUACUUCAAACCGGAACCUUUGUCUGAUCGAAUUUUCCGUGGCAAAUUUCAAGUACUGAAUGACAAAUGGUCCAUGGACUUGGCAAAUCAAAAUUCUCAAAGGUUUCAACAGAAAUCCAGAGAUUAUCGUGAGCGCAUUAAUCUUCUAGUACGAAGAUCCGAUUUAAGGGAGGCCUAUGAGGGUAGUGAGAUUCUGGCUUUAGAUGGUUUCGAGGAUAAGAGUGAUAUUUUGGUUCACUUCAACAUGGUCUUUGAUCCCUAUGCCGGUUUAGUCUCCACCGCUGAUCUACUGGCUUUAUUCGGCGAGGAGUUUGGCAGUUCUCAUCCUCGUUAUUUUGGCAAUGUCACUGUGGAUCCUCAGAGUCUAAUGAUUAAAGAAGUCACCGGUUUAAUUGAAGAACCCAUUAUGUCCUCUUCCCCACUGGGAGGUGAUGAUGAAACUACCGAAAUAAUUACCACUACCCCCAGGCAACCCAGGCGAUGUGAACCCCUAAAGCUGAACUAUUGCCGUUCCAUAGGUUACAACAUUACCACCUAUCCAAAUUUAUUGGGCCACACAUCCUUCGAAGAAGUGCAAGCCGAUGUUAUAGCUUUUCGGGAACUGGUCGAUGCUGAAUGUUUUCGAGAAGCUUUUGAUUUUGUUUGCCGUCUAAUGCAACCACCUUGCGAAGGUCAAACAAAUUUGGAACCCUCUCCGGGCAUAAUGUGUCGAGAGUAUUGUGAGCAGUUCAUGAAGGGCUGUGGUAACCGUUUGCCCAAACGUUUUCAGAAAUACUUUGACUGUGAAAAGUUCCCAGAGUCCACAGGUAUACAAUCGUGUCAUCAGAAACCUCGCUGCGCCAGUGAUAUGCAGGCCAAUGCCCAUAGCCCACGCUUGUGUGAUGGCGUAGCUGAUUGUCCUGAUCUCUCCGAUGAAAGAACAUGUACAUUUUGCACCGGCAACUCCCUGUAUUGUGGAAGAGGUAGAGCAUGUGUGCCUCGUAAAGCAAGAUGUGAUGGCAAAGCAGAUUGUCCAGAUGGUUCUGACGAAAAGGAUUGCCUUUCUAUAGCUCCCUUGGCUUCUGAGUUAAUUGAUCCAGAACCUUUGGUACCUUAUCUACCACGUUUCCAUUCCGAAGGUUAUGCAGUCUUUUCGGAAAAGGGUUCGGUGGGCAAACUGUGUGCAGAGGGUUUGGAAGGAGACGGCAAAUUGGUGGUUAGACAAACAGUGGCCGAAUCGUUAUGCAAAUCUUUGGGUUAUGAGUCCGUGGAAAUUUAUGAUGUCCUAACAGAUUCCGAAAGUAUUGAUGAUUAUGUGCGUGUCUUAGAUCCGCAUGCUCCGGAGAUUUCAUUUGUUCGAACUCAUUGUCCCAGGCGGCAGGUGCUCUAUGUGGGUUGUGGCGAACUGCAGUGUGGCAUUCAGUCAGUUCUCUCAGGUAAACAGCAUUUAACAUUGCCCAAAAUGUCUUCGCCUGGUGAUUGGCCCUGGUUGGCUGCCUUAUAUAGGGAAGAUAUACAUGUCUGCGAUGGUACCUUAAUAUCCCAAGAUUGGGUUCUAACCACAGAGUCUUGUUUCCAAGGCCAACCCAGAGCCACCUGGAUGGCGGUCUUUGGAUCGGUGCGUCUUGCUUCUAAGGCUCCCUGGACUCAACGUCGCCGCAUCAUUGGCAUGAUCAAAAGUCCUGUGGAGGGCUCUACAGCGGCUCUUAUAAGACUCGAAUCGCCAGUUAUAUUUUCCGAUCAUGUGCGUCCCAUAUGCCUGCCGGAUGAGCAAGAACGCAAACAGGAACAACAAAUACAACGCAGAGCUUAUGUACCCAAAGCCGAACGUUUAGAGGGUAAAAGUGUCGAAAUCAUAAAACCUCUGGAACAUGAGACACAACAAUAUUUCGAUUCCCCUACCUUCCAUCCCACGGAGUCCACUGAAUCGGAAGAGAACACCAGUGGCUUUUAUGAAUCGUCAGCCUUUAAAAUGCCCGAUGCAGAAGCAUUAACAGCCGAAGUAGAAAGUUUAGAUUUCAUUAACUAUCCCCUGCCGGAGGGAGCCCCUCAAGUGCAAUAUUAUGGCUUUAAUCAAUCGACGACAACGCCAGCCUCAGCGGGUCCUAAGGCAACGACCGCAAAUUCAGCGGAACAAAAGCCAGAACAGCUAUGGACAAUGUGCAAUACACUGGGUUGGUCGCGACAACGUGAUCACCUGCAACGAGUUCAAUUGAAAAUUGGCGAUAUGGCAGCGUGCGAAAAUGUCUCAAUAGCAACGGUGAAUAGCAUGUGCACGGAGGCGACAUAUCAAAAGCACGAUUGCACGCAAGAGGAAUUUGCGGGAGCUCCAGUUCAAUGCCUCAUACCCGGCACCAAUCAAUGGGCUUUGGUUGGCGUCUCGUCGUGGCGAAUAGCAUGUGCCGCUUCAGGAAUAGAAAGACCACGUAUGUAUGACAAAAUAGCAUCGAAUGCUGCUUGGAUACGUGAAACAGUUCAUGCGUCAUAAGUGUAAGGUGGCGUGACGUAAGCGUCAUGAGAGGGUGUGUAUGUGUGUGCCAGUCAACCAGACAGACAGCCAGCUAGCCAGUCAGAGUGCAAGGCUUGAGUGUGCAUGCUAGAACAUGAUUGUUCUCUAGUUGGAAAACAAAAAACCGACUCUUGAGCAGCAACAUUUUUGUAAAUAGUAGAAUUUCAACUAUCUUUAGUGACUUUUUCUUCUUCUACAUCUAGUACUUCUUUUUGGUUAUCAUCGUAACUAUUGCAUAUUAUUUAACUUAACUUUAUUGUUGUACUGUAUGCACUGUACUCUGUAACACAGUACUGUUAUUGUAUUUAAGCUUUAAGAACAAAAACAAAAACGUUUUGGUUACUAAUGUUUUAAACUUAUAUCUAGUUGUACUACCUACUCAUCAUCAUAUUUAUGUAUUAUGGUCAUUACAAAAAAAUCCAAAUAAAAUUUAUUACAAAAUUAAAAAAAUAAAAAUAAUUUCUCAAUGUUAAUU